AUGACUGAUGGAGAAAUCACAAAUGUGAACGAAGUACUUGAUCUAUGUCGUUCAAUGGCUAUUUCGACACGCAUCUUUUCAUUUGGUUUGGGUCAUUCGCCAAGUCGUUCACUUGUCAAAGGUCUUGCUCGAGCAACAAAUGGACGUUUUGUUUUUAUUCCAUCUAAUACAAGUGUUGAUAUUCACGUUGGUGAACAGUUACAAAGAGCUCUGCAAUCCUGUAUAACUGGCAUAGAAGUGAAAUGGAGUCUCGAUACUACUGUUAUAAGUGCACCAACAAAAAUACCACCAGUCUAUGCUAAUGAUCGUCUGAUUGUCUAUGCACUUGCCAAUAAUCCAAUGUUUGUUGUCGAUCACAAUUCGAGUGUUGAAUUAUAUAACGAUAAAAGUCGAUUAGGCGAGGCUAAAAUUGAUUGUAUACCGAAUGUGAGCAUGAAUGGAACCAUUGCUCGACUAGCUGCCAAAGCACUCAUUCUCGAAUUGCAACAUUCGAAAUUGCCUUCAUCCAUCAAAAAGAACAAUUCAGGCUCAUUACAAAGUCAAUUUCAAGAAGAUAAGCCUUCGGCAACACCAUCAGCAUCAUCAAUAUGA